AUGCAGGGAGUCAAGGCCCUCGCAGCAAUGGCUGAAACCGAUCCUGCCGCUUUCCGGACGAUCGGUGACAACCUCCUUCCUAUGCUCUUUGCCGACCCCAGUUGGCGGAUUCGCGCCGCCGUCUGCGAGUCCCUCGACCGCCUCGGGCGCUUUCUGGUCGCCUCACUCCCUGCCGACGCGGCGGAAGACGAAAGCGACGGACGCCUGCCGGUCGCUGCGCUCGGGCCUGGCACCUGUCUCGUCUCCGUCUUGAUCCAGUUCCUCAAGGACCGAGACUUGAACGUCAAGGCAGCGGCUCUUAGAACCACACGCAAGCUCGUCAGCAUGACGCGCAACUCUUCCGGAGUUCUUCAGGCUUUCCUGGAAGAGGGCGAAAGUCUUUUCAACGCCGCGGGAAUCGCGCAGAAUUCUCCAAUUCUCGUGGAGUGUAUGGCCACCCUCUGUGCGAUGGCUGACGCGGCAAGGAUCGACGAAGACAAGUGGCAACUGACAGUCUUUGCGUUUUCGCUGCUCAGGGUGGACGACUGGCAUGUCGCCAUGUGCUUCCUGGAACACCUGCAUGUCUUCGUCGCCUCGCCCCCGCCUUCCUUCCUCUCGGUCCUGUUGACUCGCCUCGAUAUGCUCGUCAAUCUCCCCUCGUCGCGCUGGCGAGUCAGGGCGUGCAUCCUCCAGAAACUUCCUCUUCUUCUUCUCCUGCCGGAUCUCGACGAAGAAACCGCGACGCAACUCUGGCUUCUCCUCCUCCAACUGAUGCAGGAUGACGUGUGGGCUGUCCGACAAGAAGGCCCUGCCGCCAUCGAGCAACUUGUGAUGAGCGCACGCCCCGCACAGGAACACCUCCAGAAGGCGGCGCGGCACGCGCGAGGACGAGACGGCGAAAGUGUCGACAGGGAAGACGCGAGCGGAGAAGAGGCUCGGCAUGCGGAGCGCCUUGCUCGCGAGGGCCUCUUGGACCGAAUCCUUCCCGUUCUCGAACAGCUGCGAGACGACAAACGCUACUUUGUGCGCGGCGAGGUCUGCCGCUACGUCCUGGGCCUGCAACAUCUCUACUCGAGGGAGACUUGGCUCUUGCACUUUGCGCCUCUCCUGGAGCGCAUUGCCGGAGACCGCGUGCCCCAGACUCGAUACGCGGCCGCUCAAGCAAUCCAGAUUUUGCUGGCGUACGAGGCCGCGGGGCAACUCCCCAGUGCCGUGCCGUCGGAGUGGCUUCAGAAGAUGAAGACGAAGAUGAGCAACGAUCCAGACCCUGACGUGGCGGAAGUGAUCCUCGGCGAAGAGUGA